GGGCUAUUACAAACGCAAUUCCCUUCAUGCGAUAGUUAAACCUUUAUCAAUAAUAAGGAAAUUGAUCAUUAAAAUGUUAAAUAUGACUACCUCGUUUGUUUUAAAAUAUGUUUAGGAUAAGAAGCUGUAUGAUUUGAUAACUUGUAUUAAAAUACCAAUUACAUUUAUAGGACCUUUUAAAACUGGUAGCAAUUAAAUCGUGUUCUUUUACAGUUUUCCAAAGCGACCCUGACAUUUAAAAAGGCUAAAACUGCCUCGUUAAAAUUUUGAAAUUAACGACUGCGAGCGCUCCUCUUUAAUUUUCCAACACUCCCCAAAAAUCAAUCUUUUGGGUGGUCUAGGUACGUGAUUUGUUGUGAGGCGAGCGAUAUCUCAUUAAUGGAGGUAGUUAAACAUAUUUAAUCCGUAUAUUCACCCCACCUCCUCCUCCCUUCCCCUCUCCCUCUCCCUCCCUCUCCCUCUCUCGCUCCCCCUCGCUCGCUUCUCCUUCUUUAUUCUCCCACACUCUUCCUUUCACAAUCAUGCGGUGCAGAGUCCGUGUGGAGUAAGGAGAAGCCAAUAGGAUGAGGUUUUGGUAAUAGAUGCAAAUGAUCAUGAAAAGACACUGCAAAAUAUGAAACAACUCAUUUGCGCUGAAGUAAAUCACUGAAAACUGUUUAUGAACUGGCAUCUCUUCUUGGAAAUGUAAAGCGAGAACUCUUUAAGUGGCGAUUUUUUUUUUUUUUUUUUUUUAGGGGUGGGGGGGGAGGAAAGAAUUCAAUAUCAUGCAGGCUUAGAGUUUUGAUUAUAUCCUCCUUUUAUAUUCCUGGAAAUCACAAACUGUCGUUGCUUAGCAUCUUAGCGCUUUCUUUUUUUGCUAAUAGAUUCUCGUGGUCUGGUUUGUUGUGGGGGUGAUUUUUUUUUUAAUAUUUUUUUUUUAAUUUUUUUUUUCCGCCUGCUUUAAAAAAAAAAAAAAAGGACAAGGAAAAAAAAAAAACCAACCUCUUAUUGAAAUUAAAAUGAGCUCCUAUUUUGUCAACUCACUCUUCUCCAAAUACAAAACCGGCGACUCCCUGCGCCCCAAUUACUAUGACUGUGGCUUCGCGCAGGAUCUGGGGGGCAGACCCACCGUGGUGUACGGCCCCAGCUCGGGGGGCUCCUUCCAGCCCCCGCCCCAGCUCCAGGAGUUCUACCACGGCGCCUCGUCGCUCUCCAGCUCCCCUUACCAGCAGAACCCCUGCGCCGUGGCGUGCCAUGGGGACCCGGGCAACUUCUACGGCUACGAGCCCCUGCAGCGGCAGAGCCUGUUCGGAGCCCAGGAGCCCGAGCUGGUGCAGUACGCGGACUGCAAGCUCGCCGCCAGCGGCCUCGCCGAGGAGGCGGAGAGCUCGGAGCAGAGCCCUUCUCCCACCCAGCUCUUCCCCUGGAUGCGACCGCAAGCAGCCGCCGGACGCAGGAGGGGGAGGCAAACCUACAGCCGCUACCAGACGCUGGAGCUGGAGAAGGAAUUUCUAUUUAAUCCCUACCUGACCCGCAAACGGAGGAUCGAGGUCUCGCAUGCCCUGGGAUUGACAGAGAGGCAGGUCAAAAUCUGGUUCCAGAACAGGAGGAUGAAAUGGAAAAAGGAGAACAACAAAGACAAGUUUCCCAGCAGCAAAUGCGAGCAGGAAGAACUGGAAAAACAGAAAAUGGAAAGAGCCCAGGAGGUGGACGAGGAAGGGGAAGCACAGAAGGCGGACAAGAAAUAAAGGGAUUUUUGAGGACUGAAAGGCAAGCGCUGCUGGGGUGGAGGAGCCCCCGAGCCCCACGUUAAUGGCAGUCGG